AUGAUAAAUUCCUACGGAGGCCAAGAUAUCCCAGCUCAGAUAAGACGAAGGGAUGAAGCACUGCGAGACAUCUACUGGCCGAUGAAAAAGACGCUUUCUGGCAUCGAAAACCUCUCCCUAACACUCGCUGAAUAUGAAGAUCUCUCGGGGAACGUUCCCAACCGCGAACGCGUGCCAUGGUGGACGUUCUCCCAGUUGUACACCCUCGUUGUGACACACACUGUGAACUUGACCGAGCAGAUGACACUCUCGCUCAUGUCUCUCCCUGCUCUCCGCAAGCUAUGCCUCACGAUCCAGACGUACAGCGUCGACAGCACCCUCUUCGACAGCUUCCUUCCCUCCCCCAUGGCCACCCCACGCUCAGGAGGCUUCCCCUCGCUUCAUUCUCUCGAGAUAUCCGCAUCUCUCGAAGACCUCUCCAUAUUCUUCAGCACCACCGGAACGAUCCAGAGCCUCACUCGCCUCGCCUUCUUCGAGACCCCGGACACCCGCCCACCAGAGGAUGACCCCGCCGCAGCCCUCACGGCCAUCGCUUCCGCCCUGGGGCCUGCCCUCGACCAGCUCGACUUUUUCCUUACUCGCGAUUUCCGCUCCCUACCUCUUUCCGCCGGCCUCGUGCUCGACGCGCUCCGCGUGGGCGCGGCCCAAUCGCUCCCCGUUUCUGCCUUCCAGCUCGCCGGGUGCGCGCUCGGCGACGCCGACCUCCACCGGCUCGUCGCGCCCGCCCCGCUGUUCCCCGCCCUGGUCACGGCGACCUUCCAGCAUUCCCGUGACGACAACUCUCACGACCGCUCGCGCCCCCCGCCCGGCUUCCACCACCCGACCGUCGCGACGGUGCACGCGGUGUCGCGCGCGCUGCCUCAGCUGGACGACCUCCAGCUCCCCUCACUCGACCCGGCCGGUUUGCGCUUCGCCCACCCCGGCGUCGCGUCCUCGGAGGGGGCGAGCCCUGCGCUGGCGCCAACGGGCCUGCACACGCUCCGGCUGGCAGCCCUAGAGGCGGCGGCGGACGUUGAUGUCGCGCCGCUCGCGGCUGCGCUCGUGGCCGCGUUUCCGCACUUGAUUGCGCAAAAGCUACCGUUGAGCCACAACCGGGGGCCGGGCGACCGGCUUCAGGACCUUGUCGCCUGCGUCACGGCGCUGCAGCAGGGGAAGUAG